AUGUCGACGUAUCUUGCUCUUCGAGCAAUUCUUAGCCCGCUUGCCCGCAAGACGGUCGCACAGAUCCUCUCGGCCGGCAAUGGGUUGAACGUUGUGCGAAGUUCAUCGCCGGCAAUCCGUGCCGUGCCGGUAAGGUUUUACGCCGAGAAGGAAGUGUUCAAGCGGGAUAAACCACACUGUAAUGUCGGCACGAUCGGGCAUGUCGAUCACGGCAAGACAACACUCACCGCAGCCAUCACGAAGGUGUUGGCAGAUAAGGAUCUGGCGGAGAGCAAAAAAUAUACCGACAUCGAUAAUGCGCCCGAAGAAAAGGCACGAGGUAUUACGAUCAAUGUGGCACACAUCGAGUAUCAAACGGAAAACCGUCACUACGGUCACACCGAUUGUCCCGGGCAUGCCGAUUACAUUAAGAACAUGAUUACCGGUACGGCCCAGAUGGAUGGUGCGAUAUUGGUGGUGGCCGCCACGGACGGUGCCAUGCCGCAGACGCGGGAACAUUUGCUGCUGGCGAAACAAAUUGGCGUUAACCACAUAGUGGUGUUUAUCAACAAGGUGGAUGCGGCCGAUCAGGAAAUGGUCGAUCUGGUGGAGAUGGAAAUCCGUGAGCUUAUGUCGGAGAUGGGCUUCGAUGGUGAUAACGUACCGGUCAUUAAGGGAUCGGCACUGUGUGCGCUGGAGGGUCGCGAACCGGAAAUGGGUGCUAAUGCCGUAAUGCAGCUGCUGGAAGAGGUAGACAAAUAUGUGCCGACACCGGUACGCGAGCUGGACAAACCAUUCCUGUUGCCGGUUGAAUCGGUGCACAGCAUUCCCGGCCGUGGUACGGUCGUAACGGGCCGCCUGGAGCGUGGCAUGUUGAAGAAAGGUCAGGAGUGUGAGUUUGUCGGCUACAAUAAGGUCAUUAAGUCAACCAUCACCGGUAUUGAGAUGUUUCAUAAAAUCCUCGAAGAGGCACAUGCCGGCGAUCAGCUCGGUGCCUUGGUGCGUGGCAUCAAGCGUGACGACAUCAAGCGCGGCAUGGUGAUGUGCAAACCGGGCACCAUGAAGGCGAACGAUAACUUCGAAGCUCAGGUGUACAUUCUGAGCAAAGACGAGGGCGGUCGGCAUAAGCCGUUUACCAGCUUCAUCCAGCUGCAGAUGUUCUCGCGCACGUGGGACUGUGCAACGCAGGUGCAAAUCCCCGGCAAGGACAUGAUCAUGCCGGGCGAAGAUGCCAAGCUGCAGUUGCGACUGAUGCGACCGAUGGUGCUGGAACAGGGUCAACGGUUUACGUUGCGCGACGGACAUAUUACGCUGGGUACGGGUGUGGUAACGAAGUUGCUAGCGCCACUUACGGAAAAGGAGCGACUUGCCCUUACCGAGGGUAAGAAGGCGCGCGAAAAAGCUGCCAGUGGUAAGGCGUAA